CAAUUACCCGUGCAUUUUCAAUUUUCAAGGGCAUUGUCAGAAUAAGUAAGCUUUUGGGCACAGUUUUUUAGUUUUUUUUUAUCUGCGACGGUCAGGCAACGACAUCAACCCCAGCGCGUGAGCUUCCCUCAAAGCACUAUAGCGCAUGGAACUACAAUCCUACAGAAAUGAGUGCAAGGGAUCUACCGACAUUCAUAACAACCUACAGAGCAGAAGAUGUUGAAAAAUUGACACUGCGAAUGAAAAAUGGCCUCGGCAGCUCAAAGUACAAACAAGGCGAAUACGAAAGAUUUCAAGCCAUUGUUGAUGCCAAACGCCGGGAGUCUGAUCUAAUUGGACAAAAGGUUCAAAAGAGCCGCUGUGCAGCCAAGGCAACCAAGGAGAGCUCCUUGUUACGGCAGCACAGGCAGGUGUGGAUGAGAGAGCGCCACAGGCUGCAAAAGGCUGAGGAAGAGGCUGAGAAGGACAUUCAUGCUUUUCUGGAGCAGAUCAAGCCAAAUAGUAUAACAGACAGUGCUAUUUUCUCACUUCAAGAAUAUAACCUCUCUCUGGAGAGGGAACAGGAAGCCUUCAAGAUAGCCACCGUGGAGCCUGUUUAUCAGCUCAGGGACGACCUGCGCUUCAGACUGGGUGACAUGCAACAUCAGCAACUCAAGGAGCGUCCUUCAGACUGGGAACAAGUAGUCCAGCAGAUAAACUUUGUUAAAGACCAGCAAAAUGACAUCACGGCGAAGCUUCAUGCAGAGUAUCUUGAGACGGAGGAGGAGCUCGCGGGCCUUGGCUUGGAGAAAUAUUUUACGAGUACUUCAGAUAUUCCGGUGGACUCAGAAAACAUUCCAGGGGAGAUUUUGGAUGCUGACUGUCCGUAUCCAGAGCUGAAGGACUCCCUGAUCCAAUCCUUCCAAUCCCUGUCAGAGACGUACCAGAGGAGGCUGCAGAGUCUGCAGGAGCAACUGCAAAGAACGGACAAAUUCUGUGGCUGGUGUCCAGAUGACCAUGAACUUUUUAAGUUCACGGUGUCUUUAUACACGCAGGACGUACCCAACCACAGAGCUCUCUGUAUGGACAUGCUGCUGAGACUGUUCCCACAGAGGACAAAACUAGAGCUGGUGGAACAUGAGCGUUUCCUGGACUUGCAGAGCUUCACCCUGAAACAGCAGAGAGCGCUGACCCAACGGUGGAAGCGCGACCUGGACGAGCUGCAGGCCAGGGCUCUGGUCACUCUGCAGGAGGCGAAGCAUGCCCACCAGGAGGAGCUGGAACUCCACAGAGAUCGCCAGCAGCAGCGGGACAUCUGCUUGCACCUCAGAGAAAAACUGCAGAAGUGGCGUGCCCAGCAGGAAGAGGUGGCGAAGCUGGAGGCAGCUAUAGCAGCCAGACAACUAGAAGAAGAACAGAUGAGCGUGAAACGGGAGAAGGAAAGAGAGGACGAUAUGAGGUCACAACAGAGACAUAAAGUGAGACAGUUUUAUUUAAAACAGCAGAGGAGGAGGGAGGAGCUGGAGCAGAGGGAUCAAGAGAGGCUCGCUGCUCUGAGGAGCCUCAUGGAGGAGCAGGCCGGGCGAGACCGCAAGAGGGUGCACUUUCGGGCAGAUUUGUUGCAAAGGCGAAGAGAAGAGAGAGGUAUGCGGGAGUUUGAACGGCGGAGAGAAGAACAAGAGAGACAGAAUCGUCUGGAAGCGCUCAGAAAGCAGGUUGAGGUUGUGGCAGAAGCAGACUCAGAGAGGAUGAUGGGAGAUACCAAGGCUUGGAGGAGUCGACGCUUGAAUGAGACGGAGUUUGAGCUCCAGAGGCCUCUCUUUAGUAUAAAUACGUACACCGACAUCCAGAUCGCGUCUGAUCCAAGAGUGCGGGCUGAGCAGGCUCUGCGUGAGGCUGGUCGACACCAAAGCCAAUAUGCGAAACAGGUUCUGUCUGAGAUCAAGCCUCCCAAACCACCUCGACGAGACACUAAAUCCACACUCCAGUUUUGA